UUUUCACUCUCACACCAACCAAUUUCUCUCUCUUUUUUUUCUUCUUCUCUCUCAGAGUGUUUGUGUGUUAGGGAAACAACAAGAACCAUUCACUUAACAGAGAGACGUGAAGAACUGAAGACUACCUUUCCCAUUAAACUCUAAAUCAGGUGGCAAAUCAAAAUCAAUGGCUCCGGUGGUUUCAGGUGGCAGAGCAGCCACAAUGCCACUUAACGCCAAUGCUCUUCCUCUAAGUCUCAACACUAGAACAAGAGUCAGAACUGCAUCCACGUUUCCGUUGUUCUCGCCGGCUUUUCACAGCCCUUCCACCAGGUCCCUCUCCAUAUGCUUCAAGCCCUCGCCGCGUGUUUCCCGGCCUCUCACUGUGGUAUCUUCCGUUUUGUCAGAGGACAGAGCUGCUGGGGUUAGUGGCUCUGGGAAAGAUGCGUUCAAGCUUACAUACUUGGAGGGAAACAGCUGGCUAUGGGAAACAGGUGGAUUGAAUAUACUUGUUGAUCCGAUUCUUGUGGGUAAUUUGGAUUUUGGAAUCCCAUGGCUCUAUGAUGCUGCCAAGAGAUUUUUGAAGGGCUUCAAGCUUGAUGAUCUCCCUGAAGUUGAUUGCCUGCUCAUAACUCAAAGCCUUGAUGACCAUUGCCAUCUGAAUACGCUUAAGCCGAUUUCUGAGAAAUCUCCAGGCAUUAAAGUUAUUGCAACUCCGAAUGCAAAGCCAUUGCUAGAUCCUCUUUUUAGAAAUGUCACUUAUUUGGAACCCGGAGAUAGCUACGAGCUAAACGCAAGAAACGGUUCCAAGGUCCGAGUUAAAGCCACAGCCGGACCUGUCCUUGGUCCACCGUGGCAACGACCUGAAAACGGAUAUCUCCUUGUAUCCCCUAAAGAUCAGAUAUCCCUCUACUACGAACCGCAUUGUGUAUACAACGCGGAGUUUCUGAAGAACGAAAGAGCCGACAUUGUAAUCACGCCGGUCAUCAAACAACUUCUCCCACGAUUUACUCUUGUUUCUGGCCAAGAAGACGCUGUUCAGCUCGCCAAACUCCUGGAAGCCAAGUUUGUUGUGCCGAUGCAAAAUGGCGAUCUUGAUGCAAAGGGGAUCCUAGCAAGCAUAGUAGCGAAAGAAGGAACGAUUGAAUCAUUCAAGGAAUUAUUGUCAAGAGAAGUCCCAAAAGCUCAAGUGUUGGAACCUAUACCAGGCGUGCCGUUAGAGAUCUUGGCUCCAUCUUCAGACAUGUAGAAAGUUAACGAAUGGUGGACAUGAGGAAAUGAGUAUACUGUAUACAACAAGAUGUAAAUAUAUUACGCAUUGUCGUUAUAUUUCCACCAUUAAUUUUCAACUUACAUCAAAGUUCACAAAUAAAGAAUUCAACAGAGAAAUGAAAACAGUAUUUUUUGCAUCAGAUACAA